CUCGUGUGCGAUUGGGAGGAUUAGGGGAGGGCGUUACCUGAAGAAGAUCAGAUUCAAAACGUGAGCACAACGGACCCUACGGGGUUGGAUUAAGAAGAUUUGUCAGAAGAGGUCAAUGCUCAUUGAUAAGGGUACAAAGUCCCUAUCACUGAGAGAAAGCAACAUGCAGAAAACAGCUUACUAUGAAAACUCUGGACUUUUUGGUGGUUACACCUAUACCAAGCCUGAAUCCUACAGUUAUAACUCCAGUCAUCAGCCUUACCCCCAAUCUACUCUAGAGAAUGAAUAUCCAAGCUCUGCCUGUUCUAUCCAACCAUCUGCCAUCAGACCCCCAAACCAUAAGACCAGUGACAUUAGUGGCAGCUGCAUGAGGACAUCUAAUCAGAAUGCCAGCCAGACUGCCAAUAUGAAUGACCAGCCUCACCAGGCGCCAUCUCUACCCCCUUCCUCGCCCAGCCAUGGAAAUACCUCAACACAGAAAAAGAGCAAAUCCUCCAAUUCAUCUAAUUCCUCCCAACCUACAAUGAGUAAGCAGAUAUUUCCUUGGAUGAAGGAAUCAAGGCAAAAUGCAAAGCAAAAAAAUGGCAGUACCCCUCCAGGAGAGAACUGCGAGGAGAAGAGCCCGACCGGCCCCGCGUCCAAGAGGGUGCGCACCGCGUACACCAGCGCGCAACUGGUGGAACUGGAGAAGGAGUUCCACUUCAACCGCUAUCUCUGCCGUCCACGCAGAGUGGAAAUGGCCAACCUGCUGAACCUCACCGAGCGCCAGAUCAAGAUCUGGUUCCAGAACCGCAGAAUGAAGUACAAGAAGGACCAGAAAGCUAAAGGGAUCAUGCACUCCCCAGCAGGCCAGUCCCCAGAUCGCAGCCCCCCACUGACUGGCUCCAACCACGUAGGAUAUUCAAGUCAACUACCGACUGUUAAUAGUCUUAGCUAUGAUGCUCCGUCGCCAACAUCAUUUGCCAAAUCGCAGCAAAACAUGUACGGCCUGGCUGCUUACACAGCCCCUCUCAGCAGCUGCCUACCCCAGCAGAAAAGGUACCCUGGUGCUGAGUAUGACCAUCACACCAUGCAGAGCAACAGCGGCUUUGCCAAUCCCAAUUUGCAGGGCAGCCCUGUUUAUGUUGGAGGGAACUUCGUUGAUUCCAUGCCAGCCUCUGGUCCUAUGUUUAAUGUCGGUCAUCUCUCUCACCCGUCAUCUGCCAGUGUGGACUACAGCUGCGCGGCACAGAUUCCAGGCAACCAUCACCAUGGACCUUGUGACCCACAUCCCACAUACACAGACCUGACUUCUCAUCACACGACUCAGGGAAGGAUGCAAGAAGCUCCCAAACUAACACAUUUGUAACUACACGUGGGAUGAUGAAGAGAGAGAAAGAGAGAGAGAGAGAGAGAGAGAGAGAGAGAGAGAGAGAGAGAGAGAUGAGUCUAACAUGUCCUUUUAAUUACCUCACUUUUUUCUGAAAGAGAUUGUUAAUUCUGAGUGCCAACAGUUUAAAGGAAUGUUUCACCAUUAGGAAUUCCUGUUUCUUUCUGCAACUCGUAAAAGUCAAUGAAAAGAAGUUCUAGAAGUAUUUAAAGCAUGACAGUGCAAUAAACUGCGAAGCAAGGCACAAAAAAAAUACUAUAAAUGAUGUACUUGAAGGUAAGUCUACUAGAAUUUAGCAUUAGAGAAUGUCAUGCCAGAGGUUUUUUUUUUUUAUUAUUUUUAUUUUAUUUGGUUGUUAUUGUUAACCAAAUGGCUAUGAAGGGGGAAGUGACUUGCAUAGAAAAUUAUUCCAGAAAUGUUUAUUUAUGAACUAUUUAGUGAUGUUGGAAUUACAUUCAACAAAGUAACAUGUAUUUAUUAUUUCAAGCGCAACAUAACUUUUUUUUUGUACCAUUAAUUAUUUAUCCUCGUCUUAAUGUAUUUAUGUGAAUAUGUGAAUUUUACCUAAACUUGGAAGAAUGAUUUAGGUCCAUUGUGGCUACAUUUCCACCCUUGUAUAUUAUGGUCUGAAAUAGAUGAGAGAUUAGUCCUCAGCAGUAGUGACUGUGGCUGGUAUUUGUAGUUCAUGUAAGGGUAAAACAAGACAGCAACUUGUAAAUCAAUGAAUUAUAAAAUGUAGUAUAUCACAAUGGGCAUUUGACAUUUCGAAAAGUUAUUAUUUUUUAAUUGUCCAGUACCAUUCCAGCAGUAUUUAGAAUAAAAUAUAUCUGAAUUGUAGUGUAUUUGUUUCAGUAGUCCCAUUAACUAGGAGGUGACUGCAUUAUGUUUCAGAUUGCCCAACACAAGCUGCAUAAUAUGAACUUUUUUUUUUUAUUACGAUGCACAUUGAGAUACCAUGCUAGUUAUCUAGCGCACAAUAGAUCAUUCCGAAUAUUUUUUUAAAACUGUGAGGAGUCUUUUUACAUUUUUACGUGUUGGCAAUAACACCUCUUCACGAUUUCUGCUUGGUUCAUAGUUUGUGUGGCUAUCAUUGUAAUUCUUUAAUGACAAUUUGUAUAUUAGAUGUACAUUUGGAAUUCAAAAUGUAACAAUUUUAGAAUAAAAAAAACAAAUGAAAAAAAAACAAGAAAAAAAUGACAAUCACGAUGUAAAAAAAUAAAUAAAAAAAUAGCCCUACGUUUUCGGACUUAACAUAAAAAAAUAUAUUAUUUGAAAGGGCUUUUUCAAACAAUGAAAUUUCGUUUACAGGGUAUGGCUCACAGUAUUAUGUAGGGCUGAUAAAAACUAAUAAUAAUGAUAAUAAUAUUGAAAUGAUUUAUUUUAUUUAUGGACUUUGGCAUAUCUGUGGGGACAAUUACUUACAAUGUGUUGCAAAUAUUGGAGAUUGAGAUAAAUGAGCGUCCCACAGUUAAGAUUCAUUAUUUUGUACUCAAAGCAAUCCCCGUCCUACGCAUUCCUGUUUGUUUGGAAAACUAACAUAACUCCUACUCCUAGCCGUGAAAAGAGAUCAAAUUCCCGUCGAGUGGAUAUUUGACCCCUAAUGUUCUAGAAGGAAGAGAACACAGACCGCGGCCACUCGAAAAUCAACGUAAAAAUGAACCCACCAAACGAGCUGUUUAUUGUUUUAUGAAGUCCAGGCUGCAGGGAGAGCAGAGAUUAUACACUGUACAUUUGCAAAGAAUUAAAU